GACGGGCCGCGCGCGAUCUUCGGCGACGCCCCGGGCGGCAAGCACAGCGACGACUCUCGCGGAAGGAGGGUCGACGUCGGCCUCGCCCUCAUCUCGAACACCAGUGGCCGUUGGCAGCCUUGCGCGGGGGCCAUCGCCACGCUUCCUGGGCGAGAGCAAACGGUUCCUCGCGGAGAGAUCUACGCCUUCGUCGUGGGCAUCGAGCGCACGAGCGCCGAUGUCGAGUUCGUCACAGACCAUAAGCCGCUGCUGACCGCGUGGGACAGGCAGCGCUGGACCAACCUGAGCGGCGGCAGGGACAGUGACCUCUGGGCGCGCGUUGGCAGAGCACUGGCGGCCCAGCCCAACGGGCGGGCCAAGGCCACCAGGACGCCCUCCCACCAGGGCGACGACGGGGAGCCCAUUAUCUCGCAGCAUCUGGCCACGGGCAACUGCUGCGCCGACAGGCUAGCUAACCUCGGCGUUCAGAUCGCUCAGCAGACCGCCGCGGUCAGUGCCCCGCACGCCGACAGCUGGGACGUCAUUGCUUCGCAGAUCAGGAGGCGCGCGAGACGGGCGCUCUUGGGCGCGGCUGGCGGCGACCCCUGGUUCACCGAGAGGCCAGCAGCUGAGUCGGCCGCCCACUUUUCCCGUCUCCUGAGUGCCAUCGACAGAUCGGAGCACCAGGUCGUCGCCCUGGGCCAGGGCAAGUGGAUGCGCCUCCUCUGCCGCCAGCUGUUCUUCCUCGCCACGCUCAGGGAGGCGGCUGCGGGACCCUGCCACCCUUCAGCCAUCGACUGGGCCUUUUUCGACCACGUCAUCGAGGGCACGCGAGGCAGCCCAGUCGCCAUGGGCACGGGGGCCAUCCACAGCUCGCUCCGCAUCAUGGAGCGGCCCACCCACAGCCUCUUCUUCUGCAACGUGCGCGGCGCCUACGGCACGAAAGCUGGCAUGAGGCUUCGGGCGGAGUGCAAGGGCACCAUUUCCCGCAAGUCGGCGGAGGCCCUCAAGAGGAUGGCGAG